CGUAUUUCCGGUCUGGUUGUAGUUCCGUCUCAGAGCAGCAGUCGUCAGUCUUCAGUUAUCCUCUGUUAGCUCCUGGUAGCUCUGACAGUUCAUCUUUAACCUACAGAAUAACCAGUCAGGGUCUGGGACCGAGUCUGAGACUGGGUCUUGGUUUCAUCAAACUGAAAUGAGUUCACUCACAGUCCGGAACCUGCUAGCUGCUAGCCUCCGUUAGCCUUGUCUUCGGAGCCUGCUAACGGUGCUAACAGCGCUAACCGCUAGCUUUGCCGUCUCAGAGUUUGUUUAUUUGUUUGUUUGUUGUAAAGAAAAAAGCGAGGACGAGACGUUAACAUGGACACACACCUGCGGAAUCAAUAACAGUUUCAGGUUCCUGUGGAGUUCAGUCCGUUGUCACAUCGAUCAGACUCUGUGGAGACCUUCAUCAUCUGAUCGAGGGUCAGAGUUAGACCUGGACACGGGGUCAGAGUUAGACCUGGACUAGGGGCCAUGCUCACCUAGGAUCAGCCCAGAGCUGAGAGUUAGUGUGAGCAGCGUAAUCCAGAUCCAGAAUCAUGUCUGAGAACCAGGCCAACAACAACAACAAUGUGCCCAUCAACAACAACAACAACAUGGGACCCAACAGGAUCCGAAAUCCCAACAUGAACCAGAACCCCCUGAUCAACGUCCGAGACCGCCUCUUCCAUGCCCUCUUCUUCAAGAUGGCCGUCACCUACGCCCGACUCUUCCCUCCGUCCUUCAGGAGAGUCUUCGAGUUCUUCGUCCUGCUCAAGGCGCUCUUCGUCCUCUUCAUCCUCGCCUACAUCCACAUCGCCUUCUCUCGCUCGCCCAUCAACUGUCUGGAGGCGGUGAGGGAGCGCUGGCCUCGUGAUGGGAUCCUGCGAGUGGAGAUCCAGAGGAAUUCCAGCCGAGCCCCCGUCUUCCUGCAGUACUACGACUCCACGGGCCUCCAGGAGGAGCUGGAGGCUGAGGAGGGAGGAGGAGGAGGAGGAGGGGUGGGGCUUAGUCUGGCAGCGCUGCAGGAGGAGGAGGAGGAGGAGGAGGAGAUGACUCUGGACAUGUUUGACAACAGCUCGGUGCAGUUUGAGCUGGACAUCGAGCCUCGUCUGAAACCCUCUCUGGUUGGAGGAGGAGCAGCAGGAGCAGCAGGAGGUGGAGGAGGUGGAGGAGUGAACGACAGCCAGGAUGUCUCCUUCAGCCAGACGACUAAAGGUAUGCAGCCGCUGAAGGACUCAGUGUCUGAGCUGGAGAUGAUGACCAGAGCAGUGUGGCCUCAGGAGGAGUACAUCGUGGAGUAUUCUCUGGAGUACGGCUUCCUGCGUCUGUCUCAGAGCACCAGGCAGAGACUCAACAUCCCCGUCAUGGUUGUCACUCUGGAUCCGAUGAAGGAUGAGUGUUUCGGUGACGGGUUCAGUCGAUUCCUGCUUGAUGAGUUUCUGGGCUACGACGACAUCCUGAUGUCCAGCGUGAAGGCGCUCGCUGAGAACGAGGAGAACAAAGGGUUCCUGAGGAACGUGGUUUCUGGAGAACAUUACCGUUUCGUCAGCAUGUGGAUGGCCAGAACCUCGUACCUGGCCGCCUUCGUCAUCAUGGUCAUCUUCACUCUGUCCGUGUCCAUGCUGCUCAGAUACUCUCACCACCAGAUCUUCGUCUUCAUCGUGGAUCUGCUUCAGAUGUUGGAGAUGAACAUGACCAUCGCCUUCCCAGCAGCCCCUCUGCUCACCGUCAUCCUGGCCCUCGUCGGUAUGGAGGCCAUCAUGUCGGAGUUCUUCAACGACACGACCACGGCGUUCUACAUCAUCCUCAUCGUCUGGUUGGCCGAUCAGUACGACGCCAUCUGCUGCCACACCAACACCAGCAAACGCCACUGGCUGAGGUUCUUCUAUCUGUACCACUUUGCUUUCUACGCCUAUCACUACCGCUUCAACGGUCAGUACAGCAGCCUGGCUCUGGUCACCUCCUGGCUCUUCAUCCAGCACUCCAUGAUCUACUUCUUCCACCACUACGAGCUUCCUGCGAUCCUGCAGCAGAUCCGGAUCCAGGAGAUGCUGCUUCAGAACCAGCAGGCGGGUCAGGCCAACCAGACGGCUUUGCAGGACAACCUCAACAACAACAACGCUGCUGCCGCCGCUGCCGGGCCUGGCCCAGGACCAGGACCAGGACCAGGACCAGGACCUGCCCCACAACCUGGACCCACCAACACCACCCAGCCUCAGACCGACCCCCAGCCCUCCUCCUCCUCCUCUUCUCCAUUAGCUGGAGGUGGAGGUGAGGUGAGGUCGGAGCUGAACUGGGUCGCUCAGACUGCUGCCAUCAUCACAGAGGCUCUGUCCUCCUCCACCCAGCCACCGCCCUCCGACUCCACCCAGCACCAGGCCGUCAGCGGAGGAGGUGCAGCCGGAGGUCAGGGCUCAGCAGGAGGAGGAGAGAUCAGUGUGGUGGCUGAGUUCUGGAUGGGUGGAGGAGGAAGUGGAAGAGGAGCAGCAGCAGCAGGAGCUGAGGAGCCAAAUGUUGUUUCAGUAGAAAUUAAAACCACAGCAGGAGGAGCUGAUCCUCCAAUCAGAGUGCAGCAGGCGGAGGGGGGGCCCUCUGAGGGGGGGCCCCCGGCUGCAGCGCCCCCACAGACUGACUGCCCCUCCUCACAGAGUCCAGGUACAGACUGGGACUGCAGACCACAGCAGACCUCCUCACAGACCCCGUCCUGAGAGUCCAGGUGUUUUCCUGCUCCUGUCACCUGUCUGACACCGUGCCUCAGUCUGUCAGCUGAUCAGGGUGAUUGAUUAGUGAUUAAUCAGGGGUCAGCUGAUCAGGGAGGGGUUUCCUGUUGAUCCAGAUCUGAGCUCAGACCAGGAUCUGGUCUGAACCGGUCCAACCUACAGUUUCAAAUUUAAAUCAAUAUCUGAUCAAUAUCUGAUUAAUGAUUAGGUCAGUGUUUCCAAACCUGAGGGUUGAGACCCCUCAGGAGGUCACAUGAUCAGUGUGAGGUCAUCAACAGAACAGGAAGUGAUUUUUAUUAGUUCUGAAUAUUUUCUCAUCGUAUGAAACGUCUGAAACUGCUUCAACUGGUCCCAGAGACUAGGUCUGAUUCUGGAUCUAGUUCAGUCCAGUUCAGUUCGGUUCAGUCCAGUUCCGUAGAAACCUGAACAGAUUCAGUGCAGUGUGUGAGUGGAUUAAUGGAGAAAUGGAUUUGUUGUUUAAAAAAAGACAAAGAAUUAAUUAUCACUCGUUUCUGAUUCUGUCGAUCAACUGAUUAAUUGAUUGUUGCUUCUCCACAUCGUCGCCUGAUCUGAUUUUCAUCAGUUUGUAAAAUGUUCAUUUUCUCAGAUUAUUAAUUCACUGGUUAAUCAUUGCAUUUAAUUUUCUGUCAAUCAACUCAUCGAUCAAUCAGCUGAUUCACUCAGCUAAUUGAUCGAUAAAAACAGUCCUGACAGAUUAAUAGUUUCCUGCAGAGAGCAUCUGAAAUCACAGAUUAAAAUCCAACUCCAUGAGACGUGUUUUUAAACGUCUUCAGUAGGAACCAUCAAGCCUCAGACGGACAGGGGCCGGUUUUCAGAGAUGGACCAACACUGUCGGCCUGAGCAGAAAAAUGUGGCAGAACUUCAAUACAAAUUUAAACUGAAUAUUUUUGAUUUUUGAUCGAACAAAACGAUUAUUUUCUCCUUUGGCUUCAGGAAGUUGGUCUUUCAGAAUAAAACAUUUGUUGAAUAAAACUUCAACAAAUUUUAAAAUUCUCCCAAAAAACUUUGUGUGUUUGGAUCAAACUGUCAGGAGUUUUUAAAGAUCAGAGCCUGAACCUUUAACCUGAGCUGAAAUCUUUAAAUCAGCAGGAAGUGAAACAGAUCUAACUUAUUGAUCCUGAUGAUCAGUUAUUGAUCAGUGUGUUGAUCAGCCCUGACUCUGACAGAUUGAAGCACAAACUCUGAACUGUGUAGAUUUUUUGUUUCCACCUGCUUUUAUUUUGAAGAAAAAGACUCUUUUAGAACAGGAAGUUUGUUUUGGAGGGUUGUUGUGGAUCAGGACUUCCUGUCAGAACGGAUGCCUUAUCAAUAAUCCUCAGAUCGUCUGCGACGCUGCAGAGAUGUUGGGGAGUGAGUUCUGGUUGUGCAAUAUGACGCCAGUUGUGUCACACCUCAGGCCCCGCCUCCUGAUGGGAGGUGUCACCUGUGACCCCUGAACACAUCAUCAUGUCCUCUGAACACAUCGCAGUGAUCUGUGUCCCCUGAAUGCAUCACCAUGUCCCCUGAACACAUCACAGUGACAGGUCAGGCCUUCUGUGAUGCAUUCAGGUGCUCCUCGUCACCCUGAUGUCGUGGAUCUGUUUCCUAUGAUUUGUCAUUUCGUACAUUAAAAAAAGAAACAAAUAACACAACACGUUAAAACUGAACGUGACACGGAGUUAAAACAGAAUAAUAUUUUUUAAAAAUAAAAUUCACCUAAACACAACUAAAAUACAUCAGCAACAACAAUCUGAGCUGAUGUUCCAAUCACUGAUCAGAACAGAUGACGUGAAGUCAGACUUCAUUAAUCCAGAUUAAACUAAUCUCUGAGUUAUUGAUCCUGGAUCAUUCUGUAAAACCUGAUCGUUAAUGAGUCACCUGAAUGCACCGUUAACUAGGUGAUCUGUGGACUGAUCGAACUAGGCGUUUGUUUGUUUGUUGAUCUGAGGGGGCGGAGCCUGACGUGACGCAGCAUCAGGAACUGAUGGACUGGGGGAUUCUGGGGGAUUUUGUGGGCGUUUUUCUUCUUCGUGCCUCUGCUGGAUGACUGUAGCCUCAUUAGCUGAUCUGAAGCCUGAAACUCAUCAAAGUGUAUUUAACUGUCCAGUAAAACCAGUAAAACAGUAAAACCCGUGCAGAACAACGCGUUUGCACAAAAACGUC